UUAUAUGCUGGACUGCGGAGUCUAUAUAAGUGAAAUCUGACGUUGCAGCCGUCACUUUAACCUCGGCGCGGGACACCUUUGCACGUUCCAGACGAGGCAGAAGUUUGCGGUUUCGAUUUUUUUCCCAUCUGCUGAAUUCUAGUGACCGAUAACAAAAUGCGUGAAUGUAUCUCAAUCCACGUUGGCCAAGCGGGAACCCAGAUUGGUAACGCAUGCUGGGAACUGUAUUGCCUGGAGCAUGGCAUUCAGCCCGAUGGGCAGAUGCCAUCAGACAAAACUAUUGGAGGGGGCGAUGACAGCUUCAAUACAUUUUUUAGCGAAACUGGUGCUGGGAAGCAUGUGCCACGCGCAGUAUUUGUGGACCUGGAACCGACUGUUGUUGAUGAGGUGCGUACUGGUACUUACAGGCAGCUGUUCCACCCUGAGCAGCUGAUUACUGGCAAGGAAGAUGCUGCAAACAAUUAUGCCCGUGGUCACUAUACAAUUGGAAAGGAAAUAGUGGAUCUUGUGCUGGACCGUAUUCGCAAGCUUGCUGACCAAUGUACUGGGCUUCAGGGAUUCCUGAUCUUCCAUUCCUUUGGGGGUGGUACUGGUUCAGGCUUUACUUCACUUUUGAUGGAACGUCUGUCUGUGGAUUAUGGCAAAAAAAGCAAACUGGAAUUUGCUAUUUACCCAGCUCCUCAGGUCUCAACAGCAGUUGUGGAGCCAUACAACUCCAUCCUUACCACUCACACCACUUUGGAACAUUCCGACUGUGCUUUCAUGUGUGAUAAUGAAGCUAUCUAUGACAUUUGCCGCCGUAACUUGGACAUUGAACGGCCGACUUACACCAAUCUGAACAGGCUGAUUGGCCAGAUUGUAUCCUCAAUCACGGCAUCUCUUCGCUUUGAUGGAGCUCUUAAUGUGGACCUGACAGAAUUCCAGACCAACUUGGUUCCCUACCCUCGUAUCCAUUUCCCACUUGUUACCUAUGCUCCUGUAAUCUCUGCAGAGAAGGCUUACCAUGAGCAACUUUCUGUGGCAGAAAUAACCAAUGCUUGUUUCGAACCUGCCAACCAGAUGGUGAAAUGUGAUCCAAGACACGGAAAGUACAUGGCAUGUUGUAUGCUGUACAGAGGAGAUGUUGUGCCGAAGGAUGUAAAUGCUGCCAUUGCAACAAUUAAGACAAAGCGAACCAUCCAGUUUGUGGAUUGGUGUCCAACUGGCUUCAAGGUUGGAAUAAAUUACCAACCUCCUACUGUGGUACCUGGUGGUGAUCUUGCAAAGGUUCAGCGUGCUGUUUGCAUGCUGUCAAACACAACUGCAAUUGCAGAGGCCUGGGCUCGUCUUGACCACAAGUUUGAUUUGAUGUAUGCCAAGAGAGCGUUUGUCCACUGGUAUGUCGGUGAGGGUAUGGAGGAAGGAGAGUUCUCAGAAGCCCGUGAAGAUCUGGCUGCCCUUGAAAAGGAUUACGAAGAAGUUGGUAUGGAUUCUAUUGAAGGAGAAGGUGAAGGAGCUGAAGAGUACUAAGUUUGACAGAUGGAAAAUGCCAUUUUCUGAUUUGUUCGUGAUGUCAUUUAAGUUGUGAUUUGAUGUUCAAAUUUUUUUUACAGUUGAAAGAUACUUGCUCAUUCCACUUUUUGUGUAAUAAAAUUUGUUUUGGCAUAA